AUGAAGGAAGCCACUGAUGAUUACGAUUUAUCGAAAUUGGUCUCUAACUUCUAUAGACUAGAGAAAAUAACGAAGAUAAACUAUGCUCAAUACCUACCGAAGAAGCAAAAUGAUCAAUGGGGUAUUCAGAUGGAGAUUCAAAUGAGGAAGAAAGAUAGAAAGCUAUUGGUGGCUUUACUUUCUAAGGAAUUGUGGUGUUUUAGUAUAAACGAUCAAGUUCUGCCAUCGCCGAAUGAUAUUGAUCCCGAACUGAACGUUAGCGCAGAUAAAACUGGUAGUUUCACAGCAGAUUACUCAAAACCUAACCUACCUCCGCAUUAUGCAUUAUUCCUAAAAUCCUUGAAAAGAAUGAUCUAUCUCAACUUAGUUGAACAAUCCAAAAACACCCUUGUGCAGUUUGGGAAUUCAUGUAUUAACAUUACCAAGAAUAAUGAGAGCAACAAUCUACUACAAAUUGAACCCCAUUUGUUUUCUAAUAGUGAGUUGGCUAUAUCAAUAUGUGUCAAAGAUUUGGGAUUGCUGCCACUCAAGGUCAACAGUAUUGAUCCGGCGUUUUUGAGUUCUCAUGCAUUAUAUAUGGCUCCUUCAGGCGUCAGAGUAUAUUUGGUGGAAAACAAAAAUGAUAACUCUGGUACAAAUCAGGAACACUUGCACAAAUAUCUAGUGCCUGUGCCAGAAAACGGUGAGGUGUUGUUAAAGACUUUGUACGCCUCUCAUGGAAUUAAGUUAAACAGUAGCACAUGCCAAUGGGUAAAUAUAAUACCUAAUAUAACACAUUUAAAUGGUAGGGCCCCUAAUAUUUCACAAUAUAUGGAUUUACCAAAAGAACUUAGAACUAUUGUUUGGCCGCUUGAUUUAGUAUUUGCUCAACCCGCCCUUGACAUCGACUCCUCAACAACUUUAAGUCAAAUCAAUGGUUUGGAUACCUUUGAGGAUACUCUAUCUCUCAUAGAUAACUUCCUUCAACUAAAGCAAUCCUCAUCAUAUCGAACACCAGGUAGUUCAGGAGGUUUAACUGGAACUAAUAUUGGUACAAACGUAUUCAGCUCUGAAGGUGCUUAUACCGAUCAAUUUCAAGUAUAUCCGAAAUCACAGACUAAUCAACAACAAACAUCGAGUAAUUCAAAAGUUUCUCCAUCAGAUGCAGCAUCUCCUUAUCCGGGUAUCGAUAAAAUUAUUGAGCAAAAGCAGUUCACACCAGACUUUAUGGCCAGUCCAAGUGUCAGCGGCAACAGCAAUGAGUUAUUUAAUGAUAGAAAGAAUGGGCAUACAGAUUUACUAAUAAGUCCAUCAAAGAUGGAUGUCGACACGGACUUCCCAGGGAGUAACCUUGCUGGUCAAGAGGCUCCAUCGCAACCUGCUUCCGAUGUGAAAAAGAGCUCUGUUUCUGCGAGUGAUUCUGAAUUGUUCGGUGAAGAAGAUGAAGACGAAGAUGAUGCUGACCUAUUUGGAGAAAGCAAUAACGACUCAACUGGAGAAUCAAACGCAAAUAAUUCAAAGGGAGAAAUAACUGAAGAUAUUUUCGCUUCAUCUGAUGACGAAAGCAGUCUUCAACCUAAAAAGGAAAGUACUUUUUAUGACGGAAUAAAGAAUGGAAGCGCAGAAAGUGGUCUAAACAUGCAAGACAGAGCCAAUUUGAAAAGAACAUAUCUAGAUAUUAGAAUCGAAGAAACCCCACUGUCGAGCCCCUUAUAUACUGAUCCAGGUGCACCUCUUCCGGUCGAGACCCCAAGAGAUCGAAGAAAAAGUGUGUUUGCUCCAUUAAAUUUUAAUCCCAUUAUUGCAAAAGAUGUCGAUAAUAAAUACAAAAAUGGAGGUAAAUACUCUUUUAGUCCAUUACAAAAGGAAGAGGCUCUAAAUUUUGAUGUUUCUAGGACUGAACUUUCAAGUUCGGAAGGUGAAGAUUCUGAAAGCUCUGAUGAUGAACUAGAAGACCUAGCCAACAAAAAUGAUGGUGUGGUGUAUGACAAGGCAGAAAAUAUAGGUUAUAAAACGUUUGCUAACCUCCAAGAUUCUGUACCUCCCGGUCUAAUAAAACAAGAUUUUCUUGGAAAUCCUUAUCUUGCAUCUUUAGAAGGCUCCAAAGAGGGGCAAAAUACAAUAUGGAAAAUGCCACAAACAGACAUAGCUCAAACGGAAUCCCCACUCAAAGCAAUUGAUACAUCAAUUGGGCCAGAUGGUACACUCCCAAAUACUACAAGUUCAGAACAAAGCAAAUCAGUCUAUGUUCAUGACUAUGGCAUAUCACCUACAAAAAUGAGUAAUGACCCGGCUUUCGACACUGCUAAAAUAGAAGGCAAGUAUGAAUUUAUGAAUAAUUUCCCAAGUAGCUUUCCAUUUUUAUUGCGUCAUAUGCCAUUAUCAUUGAUCCCUGACACUUUUAAGCACCUAAAUCCCACCAUCACAGUCAAUGAGAGGAACAACCAGAUCAUUGACUUAUUGGCCGAACAGAUUGUCUAUGAUUAUAAUAUACUAGGAAAUUUAACCAUUCCAGAUGUACCUUACUCUGGCAUACGCAAUUACUCAAAUGGGGUAGUUAAAAAUACAAUCGAUAAUUUGUUUAGUGAGUUUACAAGACUCGAUGGAACAACACUGAUAUCAAGGUUGUACCCCAUGGAAACACCAUUUGUUUCUGUUCGUAAACAGCAUGAUCAAAUCAAACUGAGAUCUGAUGUCCAACAAUUUACAAAAUAUGCAAACCUAAAACCGGUCCGAGGAAUCAAAAAUUUUAAAUUUUUAGUUUUAACAGAUUCUUUUAAGGAAGAUUGCAUACAGUUCAUAUCAUCACUGUCUCAAACCUAUAUCAAUCACGAAUUAGGGUUCUGCGAGCACCUACAACUCACAAAUGAGGAUAGUAAAGGCCUCAUCUAUCUUAAAGACUUUGAAGAUAGUAAAUUAUUAUUACUAGCUGCCCAAAUUGUGUCAUACUUGUCAACAAAUCGUACCUCAGGAAAGGAAGUUGCCUUUAUGAUGAUAAUUCCGGUGCAACGAUGUGAUAUAUCUGAGCUUGUAGAGAAGACUGCUAAAUUUCAAAUCAUACAGAAUGAGGUUAAGGCAAAGAUUCCUAGCAUGGAACUUUACUUAAAAAUUGUACCUAUGGAUUUUAUUAAGAGUCCAUUAACAUCAGUGGAUGAUUACACAAACUUGUGUAUUAGUAUCUACAAUAUUCUUCCGAAUAAAAUGAUUAAAUUUACUCAUAUACGAAAGCAAAUACCAGAGAAACUAACUUUUAAGACUUCUCAACAAGCAUCUGCUUUCAAGUAUGAUGCGUAUAUCCAUUUAGCAUACUCUCGUAGUGUUGAUAAGCAGUGGAUGUUUGCGGCACUCUCUGAUAGUGCUGGGAAGGAAAACAUGAUGAAAACAUGGUAUCUAGGCUCAUCCAAGAACAAAUUUGAUGAGGCUUGUAAUCAUAUCUGGGAAAUGGCGUUAUCCUUAGCUGGAAAGAACUACGGGAAGGUAUGUCUCAUAUUAACAAGAUUAAACGGUAUAUUACCAGAUGAUGAGUUGAUGAACUGGAGAAGGUUGAGUGGCCGAAACAUACACUUAGCUGUUGUGUGCGUAGACGAUAACACUAAAAUAUCGUUUUUUGACCGCAAUGAAUCGUAUCCUUCUUACAAGCGACUAUACCAAAAUGCCAAUUCAAUAGAGACAUUGGUUGACCCUGAACGCAUAGAUGAUUACUUAAUACGUGAUUUAGACCAAGAUAUUCACGGUGUCAUUUUCGAAAAUCCCUUUCCUUUGGUGAACUCUUUACACAGAUGUGCGAUCAAGUCUGGCGCACUUGUUAAGUUCAAUGUAAGUACAACUGCGACAGAACCCCACUCUCUUGAUAAAUUUGAAGUCAAUCUGUUGAAUUGCCCCCACUCGGAUAGUUUCAAGUUGUUGGAGACUAUAUUAGAAGAAUUCAGAAACUUGGCCGCAUUAAACGUGUGGUUUGGUAUUACCAACGGCGAAAAUGGGCAUAUCCCAUGGCAUGUCCUUGCCGUAAAGAAAAUGAUGAAGACUUUGGUACAUACCCGGGUGAAAGUAGCACAGUAA